CACUCUUUUGCAACUUUUGCACGAAAUAAGUAAGCAAUGGACACACUAGGCGGGUUCAACAGAAAUCCUGUUACAUCAGCUGUCGAAUGACGCUGGUUUCAUGCCCAUCGAACAGUCACAGCACGAAGUGAACGGCGCUAAAAGCAGGCACUUCAUGGCAGCAAUUUUCGAGCGGGCAUACUUGUUGCGGUUCGGGAAAACAAAUUAGGUUCUGAAAUAGAACCUGUCGCAAUCUGCUCAACAUAGCGCGUACAACGCCAAAAAAAAAUUGAAUUUGAGCCAGCCGUUGUAGAACAACUCGCCGUCCACGCCAGACACCUGGCCAAUCCGGCACCCACCAUGACCAAGCGUGGUAGGCGGGUACCGACAGGCAGCACCAGUGGCCGUCCGCCUAAAGCGAUCAAGGGGGCCAACGCUGCGUCCGCGAGAAAUGCAAAGGCUAUGAACAAGCUCCUGGAUGAUAUGGAGAAGAGAGAGGCGGCCACAGCCGCUGCCGAAGCAGCUCUCGCGGCCAAGGAAGAAGAGGUGAAGGCCAUGAAGGCGUCAGUGGCCAGGGAUCGGGAGAAGCUCGCGCGGGACAUCGCGAGGUCAGACGUGCUUCAACAGCAGCGUGAACGGCGAGAGCAGGAUCGUGUCAGCAAGGCUGCUGAAGCGGCGACUUCCAAGCUUCCCCCUCUCGCGCUGAAGUUUGUCGAGGACUCUGUGCAAUCACUGAGGCCCAAGACUGGCGAGCUCACCACCCUGCAGCAGUCGCGGAUUAUUCUCAUGCUGUACUUCGACCUGGUGAAAGGAGGCAGCUCUGAGAACCACGCAAAGGAGCAGGUCGCGAAGACCUUAAGGAUCGGUACGGACAAGGUCCUGGCGGUUCGCACACUCUGGUAUGUCAAGCAGGAGUUGUACGAGACCAACGGGAAGGGGCGAGGCAAGGCCACCAGCGUCGACGACGGGCGACGUGUCAUCACCAAGGAGCAAGAGGAUGGACUGAACGAGUUCAUCAAGGGCGAGCACGAGGCCGGACGUCAGGUCUUCCGCCGUACCGUGAAGGAUUACUUGGAGUGUUCGUACGGAUUAGAGAUGUCGAAUCGUGCCGUGGGAAGGUUGCUGCGGCGCCUUGGUUUCAAGCGCCGUAGGGGCAGGAUCAAAAUACCUCCGUUGAACGAGAGGAAAAACCGCAUCCGCCUCUUUCUUGUUAAGAUGGACCUCGCGAAGAGGGCCGAGGACUCUGGGGUCGCAGUCAUUGUGUACAUGGAUGAGAGCUUUGUUCACCAGGCGCAUGGUUCCGCGUACUCGUACUUUCCUUCUGACGAUAAGGGGGUUGUGCAGGAUGGGAUAGGCCGUACAACGGGGAAAGGUUUGCGUAUGAUCAUGGUGCAUGCGAUCACGGAGCACGGGCCCUUGGCCGAGCUACAGGAGGGAUUUCCUAUCCGUGAGGGUUGGUUCAAGGCUAAGGAAAAUCUUGCGAAGAAGAUUAAGCCUGGGGAGGCGGAUUUCGAAAUGUCAGAUGAGCAGACAGCAGAAUUUCUGUGGCAGGCCAAGUUGGCAUCUGGAGAUGAUCAUCACGCCAUGACGUUUGGGACGUUCAUGCAGUGGUUGAAGCACCGACUUACCCCGGCUUUCGAUGCGCAGUUCAAGAACAAGAAGAUGUUUCUCGUUCUCGAUAACGCCUCAUUCCACCACUGCUUUGACGAGGAGCUCAAGGUGCCCGAAACCAACAGUAAGAAGUACAACGUCGAACUCUUGCGUAAGUACGGUUGCACGUCGUUCAAGGUGACGCGUGAGUCGGAGGGUAAGACUGCUGAGUACAGCUUUGAGGUGCCGGCGCAGGGGUCGUUACCCAAUGCGAACCGCAAGAACGGCGUCAGCAAAGAAGAGAUAGCCUCCGUCACUCGAACGUACUUCAAAAAGAAUUUCCCCCAAAAGCUCGAGGAAAAGGCUGAGACGUACAUGAGGGUGAAGGUGGGGGUAAAUUUGGACACCGCUGUACAUGCCGACUUUCCAGCCGAUCGAGCUGUUCUGACAGCACGGUAAGCAUUACGUGAGCAUUCAUUUUGAGAAGGGGCGGAACAUGUUGGAUGUUUGGAAGCAAAUCCGUCUCGGUUGGAAUGGAGACCCGGAAUGGAACGGUCAGGACGGGGGGUGGAAGGCAGCCAAUUGUGGAAAGUUGGUGGAGCAUGCCAUUGGCAAGAUGAAUGAGUGGAUCGGCCUGUAUGGUGGAAACCUGAGCGGUACGAUCGAUAGCCUCGAGUAUCCAGUGGCAGAGUACCAAGAGGCUGUGGCCGAGGAUGACAUAGAGGAUGGGGUGGAGGAGCAGACGGAUGAGUGGCUGGAUGAGGACGCGGAAGAUGCCAUUGAAAAAAAUGCAAAAAACAAAAUCCCUUUUUUGGGCCAAUAUUUUUCGACUUUGAUUCACGAACAGCGACACGAAGGGGGCUGCACAGAAGGUGCCAUCCGGAGUGCAACCUAACGUAUUGUUUGAUAUUUCGCAAUUGCGAUGGCUGUAUCACCCUCGUUCAACCAAUACAUGGAUCACCGGUGCAAGCCGUGGGGCCGCAUCGUUUGAACACCGCACUUCAAUUUUUUUGGAACAUCGCCGGGUACGAUCACACACUAAUUUCGUAUUGUUACUCG